AUGGUGAAGCGCGAGAAGCAGCAGGCGCUCCCCGAGCAGGAGGAGCCGGAGCGCAAUGAGGAAGAGAAGAGCAGCGAGGAGGAGUCCAAGGGAUCGGAGGAGGUUCCUGCGAAGGACACCCUCAUGGCAAGCGAUAACGAGGGUUGGAUCCAGGUCGGUGACGGCAAGAAGAUCGGCAAGCGCACCAACAUCCAGCGCCUUGGGUACAAGGGCAAGCGCGGUGGCCCCAACAAGGGCAAGAAGAACGGCAGCGGUCUGGCCAUUCGGAGGAGGAGAAGGUCCGCCUCAUGA